UUUUUCCUAACCCAUAACUUUUAUAUUAGCUGCAUAAAACCUCUAAUAGGUUUACAAUCACGAAUCCGUUUCCUUUUUUGGUUCUUUCUUCUUACCGAUUACUCCUUCCCUUUUCUGCAUUUUCUUAUAAUCAAAAUUAAAUCUUGGAAAAAUUCAUCUGCUUUCUUGGCCUCGUUCGUGUUUGAUUAAUUUUAUGUCCUUGGAUUCUGUUUCUUCUUUGUUUAAACAGUGGUUGAAAACAAGGUUGCUAUAUCCGAUUUGGGAUUAGGGCACACUCAGGGUUCGAAAAUUCUUCUUCGCUCCAAUUUCUUAUUUUUGAGGAAAUGGCUGCGGCUUGUAAGCGAUUGGCUCAAUUUUCGGGCUUUGGGUUCUCAAAAUCUUUCACUUUCAACUCAAGUCUCAGAUCAUUUUCCCGGAUGGCGAAAUCAAAUGUUCGGCGGUUCUGUGAUGCAUCCGCAGUUACUAGCGAACUUGAGGGGCAAGGAGUGCCCACAAAGCAGGCUCAGGCAAUAUCUGCCGUUAUAACUGAAGUUUUGGAAGAAGUACAAGAAUCAUUAAUGGAGAGGACUGAAAUGAUUCAAGAGUCCAGCGAGUCGAAAAUCAAAGCUGAAGUGCAGAGGUCACAGAUGCAGUUGCAACGUGAGAUUGAGAAACUAAGGAAUGAUAUGGAAAAGAAUAACAGGGAAUUGAGGUUGGCGAGGUUGGCUAUAGAUAGAGCUGAGAUUGCUUUCAGAGCUCAGGUAUUAACAACAGAACGUGUUAUUGGAUUUUAUUGCCUAGGAACUAUUUUUACGGUGUGUGCCGUUGCUUUUCUCGAAUUUCAGUCGUAGUCGUUGUAGUACAGUAGUUAGUUGAGGAGCAGGAGGUAGAAAGCUCUCAUUAUACAAAAAUGAUUUAGAUGAGAGGUUUUUUUUGCCCUGUUUUUGAAGGGCAUGGGGGAUUGAUUACCUUACUCGCAUGUGUUCAUUUGUGGUAGUUGAACGCCGUACAGUAUUCAAACUUCAAGAUACAAUGAAUGACACAACCCCAUGUCCCACUCCUAUGCACAACAAUGCCAUUACCUUCAAUUCCUAAUUUCAUUAUCUACUAGUCGAAUACCGUGCAUUUGCCCGGAAUCAUAUACUCUAUUUCAAUAAAUAAGUUAAAAAAAUCUUUAAUAUUCACAUCUAAUAAUGUCAAAUU